CUUCUCUUAAAAGCCUCCACUGUCCGCCCACCGAGCUGUGUUCGUUGUUGCCUUCUCCGUCUUCCUCCUCUACCCGCAUCCUUCACUGUACACCUUCGGUCAACAUGUUCAAUUUCAAGAGCUUGUUCGUCAUCGCUUUGGCGGGGUUCACGGCGCUCUCCAGUGCUGAGGACCACGGAAAGGGUAAGGGAAAUGGAAAGGGAAAUGGAAAGGGUUACGGGAAGGGUCCCAAGAACUUCAUCAUGGUCGUCCCUGAUGGAUUCGGUAUCGCCAGUGAGACUAUGGCUCGCGACUACGUCCACUGGACCAACAACGGCACCACCGUGAUGCCCAUCGACGAGAUGGUGAUCGGUCUCGUCCGCACCAAGGCCACCGACAGCUAUGUCACUGACUCUGCUGCCUCCGCGACCGCCUACUCGUGCGGAAUCAAGUCCUACAACGGUGCCAUCGGUGUCGACGACGACAUCAUCCCCUGCGGAACCGUCCUCGAGGCCGCCCACCUCAAGGGAAUGAAGACCGGUCUCAUCGUGACCUCCCGCAUCACCCACGCCACCCCCGCCACCUACGCCUCCCACGUCUGGGACCGUGACCAGGAGGCCAACAUCGCCCUCCAGGAGAUCGGCUACGCCCACCCCCUCGGCCGCACCGUCGACGUCAUGAUGGGCGGAGGCCGGUGCUUCUUCACCCCCAACACCACCGCGGACUCCUGCCGUGACGACGGCAUCGACGCGCUGGCGCUCGCCCGCGACCUCGGCUACACCGUCAUCACCGACCGCGCCGGCUUCGACUCGAAGCAGAAGCUCCCCUACCUCGGCCUCUUCACCGAGGACCACAUGUCGUACGAGGUCGACCGCAACCCCGCGAUCGAGCCCUCCCUCAAGGAGAUGGCUCUCAAGGGCAUCAACGACCUGUACCGUGCCACCAAGGACUCAGACGAGGGUUUCUUCGUCCUUGUCGAGGCCAGCCGCAUCGACCACGCCGGCCACGCCAACGACGCCGUCGGCCACCUGCACGACAUCCUCGCGUACAACGCGGCCAUGCUCGCCAUGCGCGAGUGGAUCGACGAGCACGAGGAGGACUCGCCCACGAUCCUGAUCUCGACCGCCGACCACGAGUGCGGCGGACUGACCGUCGGCUCGAUCCAACUCGAUGGCGCCCCGGACUACUGGUACGCCCCGGAGCACUUCGCGGCUGCGAAGGCCACCCCCGGCCCGCUGUCUAAGCUAUGGCAGGCCUACUCUGGUAGCACUCCCAAGUCGUACCUGAAGACGGCCAUCUUCGCCGCGCACGGCAUCGCCGUCCCCACCGAGGAGGAACUCGUCCAGGGUCUCGCCCUGAAGAACGACACCUCCGCCUUCCAGGAAUUCCUGUCCGCAUCCAUGUCCGCCCGCCUCGGCGUGAGCUGGUCCACCGGCGGCCACACCGCUGCUGACGUCACCCUCUUCGGCUGGGGCAAGGGCUCCGAGAAGUUUUCUGGCUCGCGCGAGAACGCUGAGGUCGGCCUCUUCGUUGCCCAGCAGCUCGGUCUUGACCUCGAGCGAACACAGGCACUGCUGCGCAGGAAUGAGACGUGGGAGAAGGAGUGGGUCCGCCCCCCUGUGUCGCUGGAGAAGGUUGCGAGGAGGAGUCUGGGACACCACCAUCACUAGAUUAUUAGAUCGAAGGGCAGUGUGUCUGUGUAGGAAGAUUGGCGUCUUUAUUGUUUAUUUGCAAAAGGGCUAGUCUGUAUGAGUAGCUUCGUAUAUAGAGUGUUUGGGUUAGAGCGUAAUGUUUAACAGUCG